AUCUGGUCUGUCUGGAAGUUUAGAAUAAGGUAAGGAGAUAAUGUAGGUUUAAUUUUGAGGCAAAGAUGUAUAUAUUGUGAUAUAUAACGUGUAUAUUCUAUUGAGAUGACAAAUAAAAGUGUAAUUCUUGGGAAAGAGUAGUUACUGUAUUGCUUGUUCUUUUUAAGGGAGAGUCAUUAGAAACAUUUUUCACGGAUUAUUAAAAUAACUCUUUUCUGUAGCAAACCUAGAAUACAGAAGGAAAUAAAAAUCCCCCAUAAUCCCACUACCAUAUUAUAUAUAACAAAAUUAGGACCUUAUUCAUACGUAACUUACUUUUGUUUUCACUGGAAACUAACAUAGGUUUAGUCAUGGAGACUAACAUAAGUUAGUCUCUGGAGACUAACAUAGGUUUAGAAAAUUCUUAAAUUGUCCUUUAGCAUCGCGUCAGAAUUCCUGUUUUUUACCAUCCAAAUAGUUUUCUGAGGAGAAAUCUAAGGCCUUUCAGAGAAUGAAUGGCCUCUGCUUUAGGCGUACCUUUAAAUUUUGAAGUUUUGAAAAGGCCCCUUUAAAAGCAGACACCAGCCGUCAGGCGAGCCACAAGCGAGUCUCCACCCCAGAGUGGAGGGAGCUCCAGGCCCGCGGGGUCCUCGAGGGCGGGCGCCGACCUCUCGGUGCGGCCUGGCUGUAGCGUCCCCUGGUGGCGGCGGCGAGGACGGCCGAGCAGAAGGUUGGGGGUCAGAUCCACCGCCAAGCCCUUCUCUUCCGAGAAAUCCUUUUAAUCGGUUUGGGAGCCGCUUUCUUAACCAGGCCCGCGUUUGCCUCUGUGACCUUCUGCUGCACCUCCCGACUUUGAGUAGAGACUUGCGGCGCUGGAGGGGCCUGGGCGCUGCAGACGACCGACCGCCGAGUGGCCCCGAGGCGGGGCGAAACUCAGCCCGGGCGGCUGGGGCCGGUUUCCGCACCCGUCCCUCACCACCCAGCGUCUGGGGCGCUUGCGAAGUUUCUAACUUCCGGGGUUGGUUCUCCUGAGCUUGCGGUGGGGUGGCCGGCCGAGGGGCGUCGCUGUGCCGAGUGUUUGGGCGCGGCCCUUUAAACUUUUUUGCUCUUUAAACUUCGGGGGUGUGGUCGCGGCCCUCCUCUCUCCGCGAGUUGCUCCCUGGCCGCCCGGUACUUCCCUCCGCCCCGCCUUCCAGAUGCAGUGGAGUCAUGAGCCGGGAGGGUGCAGGGACCCCUUUGGUGGCCGAGGUGAUCAAAGAUCGCCUUUGUUUUGCCAUUCUCUUCAGCAGACCAAAGAGUUCAUCAAAUGUACAUUAUUUCAGCAUAGAUAAUGAACUUGAAUAUGAAAACUUCUACGCAGAUUUUGGACCACUUAAUCUAGCAAUGGUUUACAGAUAUUGCUGCAAGAUAAAUAAGAAAUUAAAGUCCAUUACAAUGAUGAGGAAGAAAAUUAUACAUUUUACUGGCCCUGAUCAGAGAAAACAAGCAAAUGCUGCUUUCCUUGUUGGAUGUUAUAUGGUUAUAUAUUUGGGGAAAACUCCAGAAGAAGCAUAUAGAAUAUUAAUGUUUGGAGACGCAGCCUAUAUUCCUUUCAGAGAUGCUGCCUAUGGAAGUUGCAAUUUCUUCAUCACACUUCUUGACUGUUUUUAUGCAGUGAAGAAGGCAAUGCAGUAUGGCUUCUUUAAUUUCAACUCAUUUAACCUGGAUGAAUAUGAAUACUAUGAAAAAGCAGAAAAUGGAGAUUUAAAUUGGAUAAUACCAGACCGAUUUGUUGCCUUCUGUGGACCUCAUUCAAGAACCAGACUUGAAAGUGGUUACCAUCAGCAUUCUCCUGAGGCUUAUAUUCCAUAUUUUAAGAAUCACAACGUUACUACAGUUAUUCGUCUGAAUAAAAGGAUGUAUGAUGCCAAACGCUUUACAAAUGCUGGUUUCGAUCACUAUGAUCUUUUCUUUGCGGAUGGCAGCACCCCUACUGAUGCCAUCGUUAAAGAAUUUCUGGAUAUUUGUGAAAAUGCAGAGGGUGCCAUUGCAGUACACUGUAAAGCUGGCCUUGGACGGACAGGCACUUUGAUAGCCUGCUACAUCAUGAAGCAUUACAGGAUGACAGCAACCGAGACCAUUGCUUGGGUCAGAAUCUGCAGACCUGGCUCGGUGAUUGGACCACAGCAACAAUUUUUGAUGAUGAAACAGGCAAGCCUCUGGAUAGAAGGUGACUAUUUUCGUCAAAAGUUGAGGGGUCAGGAGAAUGGAAAACACAGGGCGGCUGUCUCAAAGCUCCUUUUGGCCGUGGAUGACAUUUCAAUCAAUGGGGUCGAGAAUCAAGACAAGCAAGAACCUGAACUGUACAGUGAUGACGACGAAAUCAAUGGAGUGACACAAGGUGAUAGACUUCGGGCCCUGAAAAGCAGAAGGCAAUCAAAAACAAACGCUAUUCCUCUCACAGUAAUUCUUCAGUCCAGUGUUCAGAGCUGUAAAACAUCUGAACCUAACAUUUCUGGCAGUGCAGGCAUUACUAAAAGAACCACCAGAUCUGCUUCAAGAAAAAGCAGUUUUAAAAGCAAGUCUGCAUGGCUUUGACAUGCUUCUGGAUGACGGGUGCUCUAUCCACACUGAGAUGCCCAGUGAUGGUUGGAUGUCCCGGGCCGUGACCUUUCUAGACCGACUUUUAAUCUGGCUCGGGAUCCGCAGGGACUAGAUCUCCAGAGGUCUCCCCUGGACAGACAGCGCUUACCAUUGGAAAUUUUCUCAAGAUGCAAUUUAAACCUGUUUCCUCAGGCCCAUGCCUCAGCCUCGUAGCAUAGGAGUUUUUGCCUCAUUUCUUCCCCUGGGUAUUGAGAUCUCAGCCCAAAGCCAGAGCUGGGACUUCCUGUAGGCUACCUGGAUGGCUGGGUUGGGAGCAGGACCAGGCUGGCACCCCCUCUGUGGUAGUGGUGCAAUUCCAAGUGGAUAGCAUUCUUUGAGCUUUCUUACAUUAGACUCCUUGUGACUAUAUGAUGGGAGUGUCCUCCGUCUCCCUCAAACACAAGAUUUUGAAGACUUCGUAGACAAGCCCUCCAUGGCAUCACUGGCUGAGCAUCAUCCAACUGCAGGGGUGCUGGUCACACAGGUGCACUGAAGGGUACCGCCUAGACGUGUGCCCUGAAGAAGCCUGUUCUCCAGUCAUUCCAAGCCCUGUUCUGGGCCUUCAGGAUCCUCGGUGACAAUCCCUAAAGGAGGUCUUCCCACCCUAGUCACAGGACCCUGGGUUUCCACGUUCUUUGCUGGGCCACCUGGCCUCUGAAUUUCUCCUGCUUCUUUUCUCCCCAGCAUCCUACCCCUCUCACUGAAUGUUUCUUUCGCCGCCCCGCUCAUUUUCACUCUCACUUUCCCUUCUCACCAAAACACUCUCCUUCUGAUCAUUUUGCAUUGCCAAGAAUGUAGGACUUACCUCAGGCAUAUUGUCUUCCUCUCGGUUGCUCUAAUGCUGCUCUCCUAUCUUAGGGGGUGGGUGAAGUGCAGACCAGAGCCACCAGCACAUCUAUGCCGGUGGUUCAUCAGGUGAGUGAGGUCCCCUGGGGCUGGGUUGUGUACACCCCUGACUGGAGGUAUCCUUAGUGCCUCUGGCAGGGUGGCUAUUCUGGAGAAAAUACUCUUCCUCUUUUUCGAGAACUCUCAGAAACCCCUGAGGGACUUACGUGUAAGUUCAGUUCAGUUGCUCAGUCAUGUCCGACUCUUUGUGACCCCAUGGACGGCAGCACACCAGGCUUCCCUGUCCUUCACCUUCUCUGGGAGUCUGCUCAAACUCAUGUCCAUCAAGUCGGUGAUGCCAUCCAACCAUCUCAUACUCUGUCAUCCCCUUCUCCUUUAGCCUCUAUCUUUCCCACCAUCAGGGUCUUUUCCAGUGAGUUACUUCUUCAUAUCAGGUGGCCAAAGUAUUGGAAUUUCAGCUUCAGCACCAGUCCCUCCAACCAAUAUUCAAGACUGAUUUCCUUUAGGAUGGACUGGUUGGAUCUCCUUGCAGUCCAAGGGACUCUCAAGAGUCUUCUCCAACACCACAGUUCAAAAGCAUCAAUUCUUUGACACUCAGCCUUCUUUAUGGUCCAACUCUCAUAUCCAUACAUAACUACUGGAAAAAAACCAUAGCUUUGACUAUACAGAGCUUUGUUGGCAAAGUAAUGGCUCUGCUUUUUAAUAUGCCAAGUUUGUCAUAGCUUUUCUUCCAAGGAGUCUUUUAUUUUCGUGGCUGCAGUCACCAUCUGCAGUGACUUUGGAGCCCAAGAAAAUAAAGUCUGUCACUGUUUCCACUGUUUCCCCAUCUAUUUGCCAUGAAGUGAUGGGACCAGAUGCCAUGAUCUUAGUUUUCUGAAUCUGGAGUUUUAAGCUAGCUUUCUCACUCUCCUCUUUCACUUUCAUCAAGAGGCUCUUUAGUUCUUCUUCACUUUCUGCCAUAAGGGGGGUGUCAUCUGCAUAUCUGAGGUUAUUGAUAUUUCUCCCUGCAGUCUUGAUUCCAGCUUGUGCUUCAUCCAGCCCAGCAUUUCUCGUGAUGUACUCUGCAUAUAAGUUAAAUAAGCAAGGUGACAAUAUACAGCCUUGACAUACUCCUUUCCCGAUUUGAAACCAGUCCAUUGUUCCAUGUUUGGUUCUAACUCUUGCUUCUUGACCUACAUACAGGUUUCUCAGGAGGCAGGUCAGGUGGCCUGGUAUUCCCAUCUCUUUAAGAAUUUCCACAGUUUGUUGUGAUCCUCACAAUCAAAGGCUUUAGCUUAGUCAAUGAAGCAGAUGUUUUUCUGGAAUUCUCUUGCUUUUCCUAUGAUCCAGUGGAUGUUGGCAGUUUGAUCUCUGGUUCCCCUGCCUUCUCUGAAUCCAGCUUGAACAUCUGGAUGUUCUCAGUUCAUGUACUGUUGAAGCCUGGCUUGGAGAAUUUUGAGCGUUACUUUGCUAGCGUGUGAGAUGAGUGCAAUUGUGUGGUGGUUUGAGCAUUCUUUGGCAUUGCCUUUCUUCGGGAUUGGAAUGAGAGCUGGCCUUUUCCUGUGUGUAAGUUGAUGCCACUCUAUUCUCAUGAUAGGUGUUCCCCAAUGACGCUCCCAAGUCAGCCUUCUGAAAUGGGGCCACAUUUUUGCAAAGAAACAAGGCAGUUGGUGCUCUCCCCACACUAUGGGGCCAGUUUCACGUGUGGUGAAGCUGUGAUAGUUUAGAGAGCAUUUGUGGUUUGGUUAGGGAAAGUCCUACUGCCUUGGGUCCUGGGAAACCUACAGCCAAGGAAAAGGCUCUCCCAGAGCAACAGGAGAUGGGCAGAGGUGGCCUGGGCCAGCAGAGGCUCCUGGAGCACUUAGGACUUUAGGCUCCAUGAGGCCUCUGGAAGAGCCACACUUCUGCCCCUGUCUCCGCCAGCAUCAUGCCAGCAGCCCUGAACCUAGUCUUGGUGCCCUCCCAAGACUUGCCCUCACCACCUGUGCAGGAGACCUAUUAAAGCUUUCUACAUGCGUGCUAAGUUGCUUCGGUUAUGUCCAACCCUUUGCGACCCUAUGGACUAUAGCCCGCCAGACUCUUCUGUCCAUGGGAUUCUCCAGGCAAGAAUACUGGAGUGGGUUGCCAUGCCCUCCUCCAGGGGAUCUUCCCGACUCAGGGGUGGAGCCCACGUCUCUUAUGUCUCCUGCGCUGGCAGACGGGUUCUUUACCCCUAGCCCCACCUGGGAAGCCCCAGAGCUUUCUCAGAGCACUUCAGAUGCUUUUAGGAGAAUGUGUCACAGUGCGGCAUUGCCGUGGGCACACCUCACCCCAGGGAGAGCUAAGCACAGCGCAUACCCCAUGUGGUCCUCUGGUUCCCACAGAGGCACAUGUAUCUUCUGGCCUUUCCUGACCCACUCAGCAGCUUUGCCCAAGGGACUAGUAACAUGAACUGGAAAUUUCAGGGGUGUGUAGAAAGAACACAGCUUGGAGACCGAAUCUUCUUUCUCCUUCAUCUUUUCAUCCCAUUCCGCCCAAAUACUAGCUAGGGAGCAUGGAAGAUGGACGUCUCUUCCUGUUCCCUGACAAGUCAUGAGACAAUUAUAAGACAGCACACAGCAGUUACUCAAGAAAAGCUCAUUUCCUCAUGUUACCCAGGUUCUGCAACGAAGGUCCAGGGGGACCCUUCAGACUUAAAGGACAUUCAGGUAAAGGGCAGAGCCUUAUCGCUGAGGUUUGCCUCCUUGGGUAGUGCUUCCUCUAAGUGAGGAUAGUACUCCUUUCCGAAGGAGGGCAGGCUGUGAUUGGCAGGGUCACACGGACAGCCUCCUAGAGAAAUAGGUUCCUUGACUUAGGUAGUGGUUACAAUAAAGUUUUGCACUUUUCUGUUGUAUUUAACAAUAAAGAUUUCUUUUCAAUAA